AUGGCUUUAGCGGCCGAAGCGGAGUCGAGUCCUCGAGUGGGUUCGGCGGAGGGUGGCCGCGGUCUACUGCGCGCGUGCGGACUGAUAGGAGGAGGCGCGGUCUCCGCUCAGCAGGGCAACCCCGCGCCUCAAGGCCCGAGGAGAGGCGGUAGGAGGAGGCGGAGGGCAGAUGCGGCAAGAGAAGCAGAGGAGAGUGUGAUGGAAGGCGAAAGCGGCGAAGUGGAAGAGGAAGGUCCCGAAAACCGUCGUCCACUGUCUGUGGUGAUUCACGGUCCCGGCGCGUCCUUCUUUGUGGGCACGGAGUUAAUCGCCGCUGGCGGGCGCGCGCGCGCAGAUGGCGCGAGGGGAAGCGGGGGGGCACAGGGCGACCGCGUUGCUCCUGGCGGAUCAAGGCGGGGAGCUGAGAGCGCGCAGGUGGAUGGUGCAGACAGCGGAGAGGAUAUUCACAGUAACGAGUAUGGCGAUAGCGAGUAUGACAGCAGUGAAAUGGAGCAGGAGGAAGAGGGGGCGAGGAGGAGGAGAGGGAGGAGGAGAAUAGAAGUGUUGAUGGAUCGGUGCAGAGGCGGGGUGGAUGCUGUGGUGCGGUGGGGACGCAGCACGCGACAGCACCUGAGAGGCACGAGAGGGUUGGCUCGUGGUGGUGCUGGCACGUCAGCAGCAAGAGGUGGAGGUACUUCUGACUCUGGCGAUGCUGAUACCGAGAGUGACUAUGACGAGCGUGAUUCGGAGGAUAGGGAAAGGGGCUGGGCGCCUUAUGAUGAGUGUGACGAAAACGAGGGGUAUUGUAUGGAAUGCCGGAGGAGCGCUGAUGGGGAGCAAGGAGCAGAGGCGGGGAAGAGGCAGCAAGGAUGCGCACAUGGGAGUGUGGGGGGGAAUGGGGACGGGGCUGAGCAGGAGGAUGGAGGGGAGAGCGAUAGCAGCGCUGUGAGCUGCAGCAGCGGGUACAGCAGGAGCAGUGGUGGGGAGAGUAAGGCGAGUGCAGACAACGAUGGUGACGGUGCCGAGGCCGCGCUGCUGGACUUCCAAUUCGCUCCGUUGAGGGAGGCGUCAGGGCAGGCGGAGGGCGACAUGUGGGUGGAGGCGGUGCACGUGGUGCUGCCCCCUCCGCCUGCCAGUGCGAGGGGCGGGUGGGAGGGAGUGGACGUGGCGGGCAUGGAGGCGAUAUUCGACCCGCGGUGUGUCAAGUGGUUCCAGCGCGUGAAGCGCCUCUUCAUUGCGCUGCUGCUGCUCGGCUCCAUCUUCUACAUCGUCUCCUUCAUCGCGGGAGUGAUGUCGAACCGAGGCAAGAGCGUGGAGGUGCUGCCGGUGGACACGGGUGCGACGGGCCAGGGGCAGGCGGCGGCGGCGGGGGGCACGGGGGGGCUGGACACAAACUUUGACUAUGUGUCGCACGCCAUGCUCACCUCCUCCAACAUCUGGGUCGCCAUGGCCUACCUGUCAGCCACACUUCGCCCCCUCUCUCUCGUUUCACCACCUCCCGCAUACUUGAUUUACUACUUGAUGCACCAGUUCGCCCUCCUGGCCCCCGUUGCUGCACGAUCCUACCAAAACAACUCUUCACCUUCCUCUCUCCCAUUCGCUUUCCCCCUCCAUUCACCCCACUUCCCACGCUCUUCCCCUCGCCUUCCCUCCCCCCACAGGGUGCUGUACCUCUCACUGGACAUGAUCGGCUUCGCAGGAGCCAUCCUCGAGAAUGUGAGUCUGUUGACGCUGUACAUAGUGGUGGAGCUCAUCAUCACAUUCAUCUCCGCGCUCGAGGCGCUGCGCCCCUUCCUGCUCUUCCGCCUCCUAGUCAUCCUCCUCGCCCUGCGCCUGCGCUACUGCGCCCUCAAGGUGGAGGAUGCGGAGAGGCGCCUCUUCUCGCGCCUCAUGGGUCGCCCCAUGCCUCCCCCCAACAGACGCACCUGGCUCGCUCGUCUGGGCAUAUUCCCGGGCACGCUGUCAGCCAUGUUCCGCCACGCGCCGCUGAGCCGCUUCCAGCUGCGCGGGCGGCCGUGGUAUGCUGAGCUCCAGAAGCAGGGCGUGGGGGAGGCAGCAAGGGUUGAUGCUGUAGGCGUUGAGGUGUGCGGGCAGGAACAGGAACAGGUGGCGCAGCAGCAGCAGCAGCAGCAGCUGCAGCAAGAGGAGGAUGUGAAGGAGGGUGCAUUGGAGGCAAUAGGCGGGUCAACAAGUGACCCGGGCAGUGCUGACAGCAGCUGCACUCCCUGCCCUCAUGCUGCUGCUGUUGCUGCUUGCAAUGCUCCUGUGCCGCUACUGCCAACAGCAGGCCCGCGCACAGGCACAGCAGGCGUGGUGGCGGUGGAAGCAGACGAGACUCCCCUGGGCAGCCCAGGCGCGUCUGAGCACUUCAGCAUUGACAUCACUGACACGCCCCUCACACCUCACACCCAGGUUGAACCAGAGCAAGCAGCAGAGGCAGCAGAGGAGGAACGGGAGAGUGAUGCUGCCCUGGCAGCACAGCUGCUGCUGCCGCCCCCCUUCCCCCUCGUGCCUCACCUCCCCGUCCCCCGUACUCCCUCCUCCUCCCUCCCGCCCUCGCGCUCUGUCUCCCUCACCCACCAACAGCAAUCCACUGAUGCAGACCUGCCCGCCUCGCCCUCUGCUGCUAUGCUCCCUCCUGCCACCUCCUUCACCCUCAUGUCCUCACCCCUUCCAUCUCUCCCCUCUACUUCCGCUUAA